UUUAUGAUGUUUUUUCCAAUUAAUUUGUAACCUGACUAACUCACUAAUUACAUCUCAGUUUCCCCGUCCCCAUGGUUCAAGUAACCGGUCCCAUCUUCGCUAACACAGAAGUGCUUGGUUUUUACCACAAACAGAAAUCAGAGUUCCAUUUCACGGAGAAGACUGACAAUGACUUUCUUAUGUUUCUACUGGAUACAGCUGUACGGGUCAUAUCCAUAGUACAACAUCUUGCCCCUGUAAUAGAGGCUGUAUCAGACGCUAGUGCAGACGCUCUCGAAGACCUAGCAGAAGACAUCGAUGAUUCUAAUGAAUCAGUUUCAGAUUUUCGCGGUUCGUCGAACACGAUGGAUGUGGACGAACUGAGCAGUAUAAACCGAGAAGUAGAAGACAUAAUCCAACUACCUCCCGAACCAAACCCUCCUCCAAUCCUCUCGGUUCAGCAGUCAGUCCCUAAGCAGAUAGCACCCCUUCCCAUCGCUCAGAGACCAUCUUUACAACCCUCAACCAGUCACCAAUACAGUUCUCAACCUAUAACUAGUCAACUUUAUACUUCCCAAGCGGCCUCGAAUCAACAUUACAGCUCCCAACCGUCGUCUAGCCAACAGUACACCUCGCAACCGUCGUCCAGUCAACAGUACAGCUCGCAACCAAGACACCAACCUGCUUCAAUACCUGUUCAGAUUCCAGCCCCAGUGUCCGUCUCCACCGCCCAAUACUCCACUCACAUAUCCGCCAGCUCUGUUCCAGUCUCCCUCGCUGUCUCUGAAACACCCGCCCCCGCUCAUCCUGCUCCCGCCCCACAAUCGUCCUCCCAACCUACCUCCUCGUCCUCCACAACUGUUUCGGAUCAUUCUUACAACCAAUACGCUCCAGCCGCUGAACCCGAGGAUAACUCCAUCACUGAGGUUAAACCAGAGGGUGUAAUUCCGGAGGUGGUGACCAUCAAGGAUGAAGUAGUCGAACCAAUGCAAGUCUCCGGUCAUGUCGACUCCCAGCUGCUUCCCCAAAGUACUAUCAAUCAGUUGAUGAGUACCCUGCAAUCAAACGAGGAAAACAUCGGCGUCGCUAACUUGGUGACCACGGCUCAGCCAUCCUCACUUUCGUCGACAUUCCUUGAUAAAUCAAACAAUCCGCUCUCCAUGUUGAGCUUAUCAAACACUACAAGCAGCAUUAACGACUUGUUCCCGAGCAAGAGUGGGGUGAUGAAUUCCGGUAAUGAUCAAAUGCCUGGUUCUUCUAGAGGCGGAGAAUUAAAGAGUCUAAUGGACAACAAGGCCGGCGGCAGUGGAUCUACCAAUCCGAUCUCAUACGUGCCGGGAAGGAAGUCCUGCAAACAGAACGUGCUAUACAAGGGUCACCGGUACACGCUAGACAAGCGCAGAAACGACAGAGCCUACUGGAAAUGUGUCCACAAGCCCUGCUCUGCUAGGAUUACUGUUCACGGGAACAAUGUGUUGAACGCUUCACCCCACAUACCACACCCAUCUACUGCCCAUCCCAAGAAAUUCAUAUUCUACGGCGAGACUAUUGGUGACCAUCUUGUUUCAGUUGGAGAAUUGGUUUCACGCCAGCAACACUUACAAGCUUUCUACCUUCUUCCGCUGCAGACCCUUGAAAACCAAACCCUUGAAAACCAGACCCUUGAAAAGCAGACCCUUGAUAAACCCAUCCCGCCUGCUAAACCUCCUCAAGGGCUCACCCUACACAGCUACCUACACGAGUUCCAGGUUGCGUUGGAGAGUGGAGAGGAGGUUCCCACAGUUCCCCUCGAGUGUUCCUCUUUUCAGCAGGUCUUCCCACAGCCCGCUGACAUCUCUAGGAAUCAGCUGGACUUUGUCCUGAAACAAGUAGUGCUCCAAACCAAGGAUAAUAUGGACACCCUGGCAAGGUUCGUGUCGUCCAUCCCCCAGGAGUUGUCUGGGGUAACUGAGUACCUGCUGGCUGCUAAAGUCAUGGUGAGUUUCAACAGCAAGAACUAUCUGGACGUGUUCGACAUCCUGGAGUCCAACAACUUCACUGAAAUCCCGUGGGAGCCCCUUCAGAGGCUAUGGUUUGAAGCUAGAUACGACUACGAGACCGUGGUAAAGGGAAGGAAACUGGGAGCAGUGGACAAGUACCGUGUCAGGAAGAAGUACCCCCUCCCUGUCAGCAUAUCAGAUGGGAGUGGGUCCUGUCUGUUCGGGGUCAACAGAGAUCUGUUUACUCCGCAGGUCCGGAGGAUACUGUGGGAUCAUUACCACAGGGAAAAGUUUCCGGAUACUACUCUCAAGAUCAUCAUUGCUAAACAGUCCGGGUUAACGUUUGCGCAGGUCAACAAUUGGUUCAAGAACAGGAGGCAGAGGGACAGGAUGGCCAUGAAUAAAAAGAGGAUGGUUAAUUAUAAUAAGAUUGGAUUAUAUUCUGGUCUAAUACUACUUGAUAUAACAUGGAACCAUGUGCUGUUUCAGCUGUUUCAGCGGCCAACAUGGAACAAUGUGACAUCUGCCACAAGAUGCUACACAGACGAGGGAUUGCCCGGCACAAGAGAACGGUUCAUUACAUGGAGAAGAAGUUCAGAUCCAUCAUGUGCGCUUGUUCAGCCUGGCUUGGUUUCAGAUUUUGAUUGGUGUGAUAUCUGUAACAAGGCCAUGAGAAGAGGGGGACUACCACGUCACAAAAGAACAGUUCAUUUCAAAGACAAACGCUUCAAGUGCAGAUAUUGUGGCAAAUAUUUUGGUGAGGGAGGAAACAGGCGACAGCACGAGAAGUCUGUGCAUGCUGAGAAACUGUUUGAUGAGAUGAAAAAGUGUGACAUCUGCCACAAGAUGAUCUCCCGAUCUGCGCUUGUUCGGCACAAGAACACCGUGCACUUUAAAAGGAGACCUCACAAGUGUCGGUUCUGCGAAAAGACUUUCGGGGAGACGGGGAACAGAAACGCUCACGAACGAAAAGUGCACACUUCGGAAACGGAACUGACUUGCCUGGCUCGGUGCAACAUCUGCGGGAAAUGGGUAGAUAGAUACUACCUUCAGAGGCAUACAAGCAUAGUGCACCUAGGGAACCGGCCAUAUCAGUGCUCAUACUGUUCUAAAUCAUUCGGACAGAGCGGUAACAGGAACGCUCAUGAGAGGAACGUGCACGAUGCGCCCCGCCAGACACAACCUGCUGUUGGGCGCGGGAAUUUCAUUGUGGUUCAGCUGCCGUCAUCUAGCAACCUGCCAAAAUAUCAUGGGUUUGCCAUGUGUCAGAUCUGCCACAAGUGGAUAUCAAAGUAUCAGAUGAAACGGCACCAAAACACGGUACAUUUCAAGAUGAAACCGUACCAGUGCCGGUUCUGUAUCAAAUACUUUGGCACUGCAGGGAACAGGACCUCGCAUGAGCGGUCGGUCCAUGGCCAUGAUUUCACGAACUAUCAGGAAUGGUGCAAGCUGUGUGGAAUCAAGCUGCGGAACCUAGACCGGCAUCUCACACUCCGGCACUGGUGCGACAUCUGCAACAAGUCCGUCUCCAAGCUGAAACGUCACUACAACGAGGUUCACCUCAAACAGAGACGUGUUCCCUUGAACUAUAAGUGCAAGUACUGUGGGAGGUGCUUCAGUUCUAGAGCUAGUUUGGAUCACCAUCAUAGAGCCCCAUGUGCGGAGAACACUGACACAUCAGAAUGGUGUAAACUGUGUGGUACCUUCUACAAGAACCUGCUCCGUCACGCCUCAACCCGCCACUGGUGUGAAGUAUGCAACAAAUCAGUCGCCAAGCUGAAGCGGCAUCGGGACCAAGUUCACCUGAAGAUAAGAGGACCUCGCCACCCUUGUCGAAACGCUCGGCACUGGUGCGAGCUCUGCUUCAAGUGGGUCCGCAAACUCCGCCGUCACCGGAACAUGGUCCACCUCAAGCUGAGACCCCACCAGUGUAAACACUGUGGCAAGUUCUUCAGUACAGCUCAGCACAGGAAUCAUCAUGAGCGGAAACAGCAUGAGGAUACCAUCACCAUGAAUACCAUGACCAUGAAUACCACCGGUAUUACCAAGACCCUGGUAACCCUGGUAACCCUGGCCGCCAGUGGUGCAGAUUUUGUUGUCACUGAGUUGGUCGAGGUCUGUCCUAUCUGCAAGAAAGAAGUCACCAAGUACAAGCUACAACGGCACCUUGACGCUGUCCACUUCAACAUCAGACCUUAUCCAUGUGACACGUGUGAUAAACGGUUCAGUUCCCUCAGCAAGCUGAAGAGGCACAUUGGCAGUGUUCAUCAGAAAAUAAAAGCGUUCCCGUGUGGAUACUGGCUGGUGUUCAGCAUGCGCCACAAAGACAUUGCAGUUUUUGUCUCCAAAACAUGUGACAUCUGCAACAAAUCCGUGUUGGACGUUAAACGACACAAGAAUCUAGUCCACUUCAAGAUUAAACCCCACCCCUGUAGGUUCUGUGAAAAGUACUUUGGUACCAGCUACAACAGGAACUCUCACGAAAGGAGUAUCCAUGGAGUGGUGUUCAAAAAGAAAAGUAACGCACCGGGCACUUUCCGUUUCUAGAUAAGUGGUGUUCAAAAAGAAAAGUAACGCACCGGGCACUU